AAUGUUGAGUGUAUAAUGUUUAAUGAUUACAUCAUCUUGACAGAUUUCCUCAAGUGUACGCCUUCAAAAGCAGGUUAUUUUUACAAUUUUGUGGCUGCUUCCCCAAGUGACCCCACAGUUAUUGAAAGUGAAAGGAGGGAGACCAAAGAAAAUGACUUCAUUUCCCAGAACGUCCUUGUUGCGUCACUGUACGUCCCGUGCGUCACACACAAGCCCCGCCCCGCUGCUCUUCCUCUUCCUCCUCGAGAAAGCGGCUGUCCGCUGUAGACCGAGCAGCGGGGCGGAGAGGAUGGAGAGGUUCCGGUGGCCGCGGUUCUCGGCGUGUCUCUUAUUUGUCGGGCUUCCCCUCAUCGGGCUCCUGCUGGCGUGCGGCGCCUCGGCCGAUAGUGGCGGCGUGAAGCGGCUCAAGAUGCAGUUCGCCACUGGGCCCCUUCUCAAGUUCCAGAUCUGCGUCUCCUGAGGAUAUCGGCGGGUGUUUGAGGAGUACACGCGGGUCUUGAACCAGCGUUACCCAGACAUCCGCAUCGAAGGAGAAAACUACCUCCCCCUUCCUGUCUACCGGUAUAUUGCUUCCUUCCUGUCCAUCUUCAAGUUUGCUGUGAUUGGGUUGAUCAUCCUGGGAAAGGACCCAUUUGGGUUCUUUGGUAUGCAAGCUCCUGGCCUCUGGGUCUGGGGGCAAGAGAAUAAGAUCUACGCCUGUAUGAUGGUUUUCUUCCUCAGCAACAUGAUUGAGAACCAGUGCAUGUCUACAGGUGCAUUUGAAAUCACAUUUAAUGAUGUGCCAGUGUGGUCCAAGUUGCAGUCAGGCCACCUUCCUUCCAUGCAGCAGCUGGUCCAGAUCCUGGACAAUGAGAUGAAGAUGAACGUUCAUAUGGAUGCUCUCCCGCACCAACGCUCCUAACAAGCUCCAGUUCCUGUGUGCAGUCCCAGGGCCCCCUGUUCGAGGUGUGCAUAUCCCCAGGCUGAGACGACGACUCCAAUGAAGGUCUGCACUGAAGGCAGGACACUGCAAGUGCAGACUGGAAGUCCCAGUCGGUCGUUCCUCCGAGCCCCAGGACAUGCUCCGCACCGCAGACUGAGGCCCCGCAGCCACACGUCUUACCUGUACUUCUGUUUCUGUGACGUUUAAAUGAGAACCAAAUCUCAACAUUUUAUCAUCCGAACCCAUCUAGAGCUUAAGUACAGUGAUAUGUAUUUUAUAUUUGAUUCAGAAGAGAAAUAAGUUGCAGAUCUGAUUAUGAAAGUCUAACGAUUAAAAUUAAUUUCACAGCUGUUGUAAUUUUAUAUUUCUUUUUAUAGCUAUGAAGUGGAACUUAAAUGAUAUUAA